GCUCGAGAUGUCCUCAUUGUUUGAUUCGGACGAGACUGCAGCCAUAGAAGAACAACGCGCUCUUCAGCUCGCUUUUGAGCUCUCCAUGUUGGGUCUUACUGAACCCUUUAUGUCUGCUCCCGACGCUCCUAUCGAGUAUGCCACCCCUUUCCAGUCACCUCUUGACGAACGAUUUAAGAAGUCCCAAAAUAUGACCGAGUGUGUGCCGGUGCCCAGCUCAGAACACGUCGCCGAAAUCGUUGGUCGACAAGGAUGUAAGAUAAAAGCAUUACGUGCCAAGACGAACACGUACAUUAAGACACCAGUUCGCGGUGAGGAGCCAGUUUUUGUGGUUACUGGACGAAAAGAGGACGUGGCUAAGGCAAAGAGAGAAAUUUUAUCGGCUGCUGAACAUUUCAGUCUUAUUCGUGCUUCGCGAAAACCAUCACUUGCAAAAGGUGCACCACUUGGACCAGCAGUUACAAUACCGGGUCAUGUGACUAUUCAGGUACGCGUGCCCUACCGGGUGGUCGGCCUAGUCGUGGGUCCCAAAGGUGCUACCAUAAAGCAUAUACAACAACAAACUCACACGUAUAUUGUGACACCAUCACGAGAUAAGGAACCUGUUUUCGAGGUAACUGGUCUACCGGAUAGUGUACAGGCAGCCCGCCAUCAAAUUGAGGCGCAUAUUGCGUUGCGUACGGGCCAGACGGCUAGUCUUGGACAGCUACUGGGAGAUGAUGAAUUACUAGCAUCACUGUAUAAGAACGGAUUAGGCUCACUGUUCGGAUAUUUAGAAAAUCAAGCUACACAAACUAGUACUUCCACAUCAUCGGCCGCGUCUACAGUUAGCUCUAAAAGCGGCCACAUGAGCCGUCCCGAGUUAAUAAACAUAUGGAAAAAUCUCUCUAGUGGUGACAGCUUAGAUUUCGAUGAAGGUUUAGGCGAUUCACCUAGUAUAUGGUCAAUGCAACCUUCGUCGCUGCUGGAGUCAAGGUCAUCACCGUCGGCAUCCGCCAGUCCUACAGAUUCGUUACUAAGUGGUGCACCACUGGCCCAGCAAAAACGCGAAUGUCUCAUGUGUGGAGAUAAGGAAGUAACUGGUGCUCUUGUACCCUGUGGUCACAAUAUGUUCUGCCUAGAAUGCGCGAAUCGAAUUAGUGCUCCUGGUGAUGCACUUUGUCCUGUAUGCAGUCAGACAGUGAGUCAGGCCAUUCGCAUAAUUCCUUAAAUUAGGUUUCAAAUAGGACGGGUCGCCGACAACGAAAUUGUGUAAGCCAUUAUGAGUUCUCUCUGUAGUAGUCCAAAAAGUCCCAACAAGCCACAUAAGCACUGCAUAUAAAGUACGAUGUAUAUAAAUAGAAUAUUUUUGUAAAGUGAUAAAUGUAUCUGUUCUUCAUCACUGUCGAUAAGACACUCUUGUAAUAAUGAAUGAAUUCUCAGUUUAGGUACGAAGGGAAAAACCAGCCCCAUUGAGAGGUAUAUGAAGCGAGUUCAAGUUUUGCACUUUAUCUCAAGAGUAGUGGACUGUUUUAGUUUUGUUAUCGUGCUGGUAAAAGGAUGAUCCAAACUGUUGGCAAGAUGGCCAUUAAAAAGACGUCAGAGUGUUUUUCAUAACAGCACCAAAUUUAAAAUUUACCAAUUUCUUUUACUCUUCUUACUUUUGGUGUGAAAUAAUGCGUUAUGUAUAAUUUAUAGGACAUUGCCCACGAUCUCUAUUUAGGAAGAAUGGUAUAAUUAAUUUGAGACAUCUCUUUCAACUUUGUCUCUGUUUUAUUGUUCAUAAUUGUUUAUUUACAUUUAAAAGAGAAUUCUGUGAAAAUUGAUACAUUAUUUCAGUAAAAAGGAAUCAAUUAAGUCUAGGAAUUGAAAAGCGAGAUCAAAUCAUUUGACGGCUUUUAUUUGAUUUUUUCAGUGAAUUCUGACAAUACACACUAAAAGUUUCUCUUCGUAAUUGGCCUCCAAUUUGCCGGCCUUUGCAUUUGAAACGUGUUAAGAAUGCUGUUUUUGGGACUGACUGGUCAGCUCUUUACCUUUCAAGGCCAAAUCUAAAUCUGAAGACUAGAGACGUUUACACAAAGAAAACUAAAUCUUAUUAUUGUUAUAAUUUUAUUUUUAGUCUAAUAUUUUAAGUCUGAUACAAUAUAAAAGGCAUUCUGAAACGAAAACGCUAACUUUUAAUUAUAUGGCUAUUUUUCCUAAAGAUUGUCACGGGCCAUACCAGUUAGAAGGCGUCAUCAUCCAGUGAAAAAUUAAAACCAAAUUAGUCCACUGUUUUCGUUUCUAUCUAUUUUUUCUACUUCAAAUGCCAUACUCUCAAGUUACAAAUCCUAUUGUAGCAAGUUUUUAUAAAAAUAUUUUAAAAAUUGUAAAAUAUAAAUUUUUUUUGUAAUAAAAUUGAACUCGCAACUACCACCUAAUAACAAUGGAUCAGUGGCUAAACGAUGCAAUGUUGGAUUACUUAACGAUAAUUACUCGUAGGUAGUAAGAAAAAGUAAACCUUUAUAAAGUAAAGACAUAUUUAUCUAAUGUAACUUAUCCAAAAGUGAAAUAUAAACAGAUUUAGAGUAUAGAAAAAUAAAAAGUCUAAAUCAAAUGUAUGAAAAUAAGUGAAAAGAAACAGAUGACACAAUAUAAGACAGAGAAAUAAACUUUAAAAGUCUGAUAUUUGAAGGCAAUUUUUCAUCACAAUUAAUAAUAUUUCAAAUAGUUCAUAUUUAAAACUUAGAAUGGAAAUAGAAUAAAACCAAUUAAUAAAUAAUAAAAAUCGUUACAAAAUUGUAAACAUUAGAUAACAUGACAGUGAUUAGAUCUUUGUAUUGCAAUACAUUAUGACAAAUGGAAUUAUUGUUCCAGUAAAUUAACGUGAUGUUUGUUUCGUACUUCCUCUAUUUCCACUCACGAUAUGAUCAGUGUCACCACCAUGGCUUGACGGAAAACACAAGGCUAACAAAGGGCUGUGAAAUCAAAACUAACUGCCAUUUCGCGACUCUCGCACACAAGGGAAAGCUCUUAGACUAAGUAUAGAAGGCCGUUAGGACAUCUUUUUGAGCGCUCACAUGUUCACAGAAUCUGUUAGUGCUCUAAAUCACGGAAAGCAACUUUUGUGAGGUAAAAAUAGUGAA